AUGGCCCCCCGGAGCCGCGGGCGGAUGGAGCGGAGCUACGUGGUGGGCAUCUGCUGCCUGGUGCUGCUAGAGCGGAGCUGGGGCGCCGAGCCCGGCACUGGGGACGGCGGUAACAGCAGCCGGGCACCGGCGGUGGAGGACACAGCCCCCGCGCCCACUGAGCCCACCCCAGGAGGGGACCGUUGCCGCGGGUAUUACGACGUGAUGGGGCAGUGGGACCCGCCAUUCAACUGCAACGCCGGCAUCUACCAGUACUGCUGUGGGACCUGCGGGUACCGCUUCUGCUGCCAGUUCAAGGCCAGGCGGCUGGAUCAGAGCGGCUGCUCCAACUACGACACCCCCAACUGGGUGAACACGGGGCAGCCGCCCGCCCGUGUGGAUGAGAGCCCCGAGGGCCCCACCCGUGACAAGACCAACAUGAUCGUCUACAUCAUCUGCGGCGUGGUGGCCAUCAUGGUGCUGGUGGGCAUCUUCACCAAGCUGGGCCUGGAGAAGGCACAAGGCCCCCAGACUGAGAUGACGGUCUCCAGGACGCUCACCGACCUGCUGAAGCAGCCGGGCCACGGCCCCUCUGAACACAUCGAUGGCCUGAUGGGCAGCAUGCAGGUGCAGCUGGGUGAGGGGCUGCCCCGGGGACCCCCAAGGAACAGCACAGACAAGUUGCCCCUGAACAACGCGGUGGACAGCACUGGUGUCACCUCACUGGGGCGGCCUCACGGCCACAGCAAGCGCCCACUGCUGGGCAGCAGCCUGAGCCCACCAGCCCCCAACUACACUGCGUACAGCACACUCACAGCUGGAGAGAGCAUUCCUGAGGACUUCUACAUGCGUUUUGGGGAGCCAGAGGUGCCCCCCCCCAGCACUCUGCCCUUCCCAACCACCGAGGGGCCCGAGGGCUGCCCCCCACCAGGGGUCACCAAGGCCAAGGGCCUCCCCAAAGCGCCAGGGGGCUCUGCCUUCCCAGGGGGCUGGGAGGGAGGCCUCCCCCGGGGCCUACGCCGGCCUGGGCCCACGGCACCGCUGUACGGCCAGGCUCACCGGCACCUGGCCACCAACAGCAAGACUGAGGUCACCGUCUGA